ACUUAGCUACUUCGAGAAAGAAAAGGGCUAGUAUUUGGACAUUUUAAUUAUUGCAUUGAAACUGAGGAAACAGUUGCUUCUAAUCGGAAUACCCUUUUAUUAUAUAUCUUCUAUUUUUCCUUUCAACUGCUUAAGGAAUGGUUUCGCAGACAGACGAGACCAACAGAACUGGAACAAUAUUUGUGGACACCUCAAGUUGAAGUCAGAGACGGGGAGCUUUCGUUCUGAUUAAAGACACAGUUAAACGCGCGAAAUGGACGGAACAAAGGUCCUGCACGCGAUGGGCGGGCACUCCCUGCGUCCUCCGGUAUCGCCACUGGACCUGUCUCCGCCCCUGUGCAUGUCCCAGAGUCCUCCUCUCCUGCGGCUGUGGCCGAGCCUGAGCUCUCCGAAGCUCUCCCCCCGCUGCUUCAGCCACCUGCUGUCGCCGCCCAGCUCCCCGGACUCGCCCAUGUCCAGGAGCCCCGUCUUCAGCAGGAAGAAGCGCGUGGUGUUCGCCGACGCCAAGGGCCUGGCACUCACCACGGUGCGCUACUUCUCCGAGGGGGAAGAGGAGGAGGAAGAGGAGAAGCCCCGGUCCCCGGCCCCUGCCGAGACCCCCCCGGGGGUGGCCCGGAUGCCGGGGCCGGGGGGCGCGAUCCAGGCGGCGGAGAAGAAGACGCUGCAGUUCCGGCCUCCGGUCAGGCGGGGGCGCCCCCUGCGGCUGUGGCUGGGCUUCCCUCAGCCGGCGGCGGACCCGGGGGCAUUCCGCUUGCGCCUGCAGGAGGAGCUGGUGCUGCUGGAGAGCUGCCGGGUGACGACGGACUCACUGAGCGGCGCGGUGUGUGCCAGGAAGCUGGGCUUCGAGACGGCCGUGCACGUGCGCGUCACCUUCGACUCCUGGCGCAGCCACCGCGACGUGCCCUGCGCCCCCCACAAACACAUGCCCGCGGCGGGCGACACCAACCUCUUCACCUUCGACAUCCCCCUCCCCGAAAACCUGGACCCCCGGGAGCGGCUGGAGUUCUGCGUCUCCUGCCGUCACGGGAAGGGCGCCCUCCUGUGGGACAAGAACAAAGGCCAGAACUACCGCGUGCACGCCUCGGCCGAGUCCGAGACCCCCGCCGCCAGCCUGCUCGCCUCCCACCGCUCCUCGCUCAUCAUCCACGCCAAGCGCAAGGGAUUGUGGGACAGCUUGCCGCAGGGCAGAUCGGACACCCUGGCCGGCCCCCACUCUCCCCACGGACGCAAAACAGGAACCGACUGGAGGCCGAUCACCCCUCCUGGUAGUCCAGGAAUCGGAACUCACCUUGGGCCUGUGGGGGUCCGGGGUCAAAGGGCACGGACUGACUCUGACUCCCGGGCAGAUGUGGACUUGCUGCUUGAAGGGAAUUGAUCUCUUGCCUAGAACUUUGGGUUUGGGUUCUUGCUCGGUUCUUGCUCGGAGCGAAGGCUUCGAGAGGUUUUGGGAGUCUCACACAAACCCGCCAGAGAGCUAUCUGUGUAAAUGUCUUUAACAGCUCAAAGUGAGCCUAAAACAAAAAAUAAUUAAUAAUAAUAACUUUAUUUGUACAGCACCUUUCUUACAUAAAGUACUUCACUGAGUUAAAAGGAAGAGAACACAUAGAAAACACACAAUGUGUGCAUGAACUUGAAUGUUAAAUGUUUAUUGUACAUUCCUCUUGAGCCUGGUCAAUGCAUCUUGCUUUUCAGUUUGGAAGUGAACAAGCUUCCAGUGUUGUUCUGGGCUGCUUUUCAGAACUGCAGGCAGAUGCAUGUACUGUUGCUAUGCAGACCACCUUGUUGGAAUAACAUGGGCAUACCAUGGGAAAACCUGCUGUGGCUUUUGGUUACUGGUUCAUUUUUGUCAAUAAAGUUUUUAAUAUGA